AUGUCUGGAUACCCGGGUCAGAAUUAUAACGGAUCAUACGGCGCUCCGCCGCCUGGGCAGUACCCACCUCAGAGUUACUAUCCUCCUCCCCAGCAAGGCUACAACGGAUAUCACCAGGGCCCUCCACCCCCGGCCCCUGGCUACGGCGGCUACCAACAACCUUCGCCGUCGUACGGCGGCUAUAAUCAGCCCCCACCACAGCAGUAUGGCGGCAGCUACAAUGGCGCCUCCCCAGGCCAAUACGGCAGACCGAAUAUGCCAACGGCGAACUCAAACUCGUAUAUGCAUGGAAAUCAUGGUGCUCCCGCACCACCUCCUACGGCACCCCAGCAUUUCGGCCACGGAGCGCCCCAGAACUACUCCUUCCAGUACUCACUAUGUACCGGACGGAGAAAAGCCCUUCUAGUCGGCAUCAACUACUUCGGCCAGCGCGGGCAACUCCGAGGCUGUAUCAAUGAUGUUAGGAACAUGUCUGGAUAUCUCGUUGAGCACUUCGGUUAUAAGCGCGAGGAUAUGGUUAUCCUCACCGACGAUCAACAAAACCCCAUGAGCCAGCCAACAAAGCAGAAUAUCCUGCGAGCUAUGCACUGGCUCGUCAAGGACGCUCGGCCAAAUGACUCGCUUUUCUUCCAUUAUUCUGGACAUGGUGGUCAGACCAAAGAUCUGGACGGGGACGAAGAAGACGGUUAUGAUGAAGUCAUCUAUCCCGUCGACUUCAGGCAAGUUGGACAUAUCACAGACGACGAAAUGCACAGAAUCAUGGUCAGACCACUACAGCCCGGUGUACGGCUUACGGCCAUUUUCGACUCCUGUCACUCCGGAACCGCGCUAGAUCUCCCGUACAUCUACUCGACACAGGGCAUUCUCAAGGAGCCCAAUCUCGCCAAGGAGGCUGGCCAGGGUCUCCUCGGCGUUAUUUCGUCAUACAGCCAAGGCGACCUCGGUGGUGUUGCCAACAACAUCAUCGGAUUCUUCAAGAAGGCUACUGGUGGCGAUGAGGCUCAUAGCCGAGCACUCGCCACCAAAACAUCCUCCGCUGACGUUGUCAUGUUCUCCGGAAGCAAAGACGACCAGACCUCGGCCGAUGCCACGAUUGCUUCUCAGGCAACUGGUGCCAUGUCGUGGGCCUUCAUUACCGCGCUGAAGAAGAAUCCUCAGCAGAGCUACGUUCAACUGUUGAACAGCAUUCGUGACGAGCUCGCCACCAAAUACACACAGAGGCCGCAGCUUUCCUGUAGCCACCCUCUGAACACGAACCUGCUCUUCGUGAUGUAA